AUGUAAUAAGUAUAAAAAGAGGAGGUAUGAAUUUAAUUUACUAAGUGAGAUACCAUAUUUUAAGUAUUGUUAAAAAUUAGGUGGUGUUUAGAGAAAAGAUAUUUAUGUUUCUCCUACUAAAGCAGCAACAUUUUUACAUUUAAUAAAACAUGUAACAAUAAUUAUAAAUUAAGAGAUGUGAUAAGGAUUCUGCAUUAAAGUUUGCUUAAAGAAGAAUUUGUAAAUGGGAUACUACAAUCAAAUAAGAUGGUCCUAGUAAAUGUAGAAUCUUAAAACCUAAAGAAAAUAAGGAAGUAAUUUUAUUAAUUUAAUCAAAUUAAGAAAAGAAUUCAUGGAUGGUAGAAUAUUGGAAUGGAAAUAUAUUAUGAAAAUAAAGAUACUGUAGCUGAUAUUAAUUAAUUAGAAAUAGAUUAAGAUAAUGAUGCAAUACAAAAAGAAAUUGAAAAGAAUGAAAUGAGACUUAAAAAUGAUUUUAAAAAUAAGAUAGCUCAUUUACAAUAAUUUUAUAGAGAAUUAAAUUAGAAAUAUAGUUUUAAUAGUAAUGAUCCUAAUUUUAAGGAAAAGAUUACAAUGGCUAAAUAAGAUUUAAUCAGUAAACGAAAUCAACCAAUUAAAUAUUUAAAGGCUAAAGGGAUGAAAUAUAUAGAGUUGUUUAAUGAAAUUAAUCAAAAUAAAAAAUUAAAUGGUGCUGGUUUAUUUAAUAGACUUCAUGUUUUUAAUUAAUUGAGAACAGAUGAUUUAAAAGUCAAAGAGAAAUUGUUAAGUGAAAUAUAUAAAUACACAAAGGAAAGUUAAAGUGUAAAUCAUAAAGAAUUAUAACAUGAUACACAAAUUUAUGAUAAUAUAGAAGAAUAAAGUGAAUAGAUGUUAAAAAUAAUUGAUUAAAAUAAUGAUUUUUCUUUGAGAUUAAGAAAAAAUGAGCAUAAAUUAACAUUUUCAUCUUCAGCAAUUGGUUUUGCCGAGGAUUUUAACAGAACAAAAUAUUUGUUUAAUUAUUCAAGUAAGAAUUAAAUAUAAAAAAUGUUUGAAAUACCUGAGAUUCCAUAAAUUCCAUAGAGUAGUUAAUCAAUAAAAUUAAGAAAGCAUUUAUCAUCUCCUUUAAGUGUAGAUGAUAAUUUUGAGAACUGUUUAAAUUAAUAUGCACAUUAAGUACUGGAAUAUCAAUAGGAAAUGUAGGAUAAGGAAAUAACAACAGAGAAUCUAUAAAAGAUGUUAUAGAAAAGAGAGAAUAUAAGAUGUAGUUAAAUAAGAAAGAUUUCAAAGACAUCACACAGUCAUUAACCUAGUAUUCAUUUAGACUUUAGUAAAGUGAAAUGUUAACAUUAAUCUUCAAGAGAUAAAGAAUCUACAAAAGCAGGAAACUCUUUUAAUAUUAAAUAGCGAUCUUAUCUUGUUAGUCCAUUUAAUAAAUAAUGA